AUGGCGAAGGCCCAGUUUUUUGAGCUGGGAUGCCCCAACUGCAGGGACAGCCUCGACAUGCAGGAGAACGAAGCACGCGUGCUCGCUUGCACAACGGCUAACUACGCCGGCUUCUUCUCUUUGGUAAGAUCUGGAGCCUUCGCGUCCCGCUUCACUGGAUUGGAGAGAAGGACGCCAGGCUGCUACGCACUUAUUGUGCAUGGAAGCUUACCGGAGAUCAGUGUGGAUGAGAUGGAUGAGUACGAGCCGGAUGACUUGGAAGGUGAGUUGAGAGGAGUCAGUCCUGGGCCGCCCAAAGGCGAGGUGUCUCAGCAAAGCCCCGGGGUUGCCAGCCCAUCCAUUUCGGAAGAGGACUUUGACAUUGACAAGCUCUUGGCAUCGCCCAUG